GAUGGGAAAUGUCAUUACUCCGUCAAAGGAAAAGCUGGACACUGUUCCAGGUUUCACAUCCUUCCUCAGGGAGAUGAGCGCACUCUACAGGCUGCGGUGGCAUCAGUGGGACCCGUGGCUGUGGCUGUGAAUGCCAUGUUACCGUCCUUCCAUCUGUACAGAGGAGGUUUAUACAACGCCUCUGGCUGCAACCCAAGGUUUAUAAAUCAUGCCGUUCUACUUGUGGGCUAUGGCACGGACAGGGGACAAGAAUACUGGCUCAUAAAAAACAGUUGGGGAACUGCAUGGGGAGAGGAAGGCUUUAUACGACUGGCAAAGAAUAAAAAUAACCUCUGUGGCAUCGCCAGCUUUGCAGUUUACCCAACACUGUGAAAACACCACCAGAACUGUGAAUGUCAAAAACACAACACAUGAGGAUAUUUCACCAAACUGUUCCUCUGUUACAUUGUAUUUUAUAUAUUUAUAUAUGUGUAUUUUAAGUGUUUGUUACCAUUGCAAACUGGUGGCGAUAAAUCCUGUUUGAAUAUUCUACAGAUAUUCAGUCAGUUGCACUUCAAAGAACCGACUGACUCCAAACAACUACCAUAGACACACGGGACACACCUCGAUUUUAUUGGAUCUUAGUAUUUCAUAUUUUGAAUAUAAAAAUAAAUGUUUUUUUAAAUCAUAAUAUCACCCACUAACUCCAAAUCACAACAGAUUUUCAGAGGUGGAAAGAAUCCUGAAAUAUUCCACUCAAGUAAAAGUGCCACUAUUUUCAUAACAUUUUACUACAAGUAAAAGUACUGAUCUAAAAACUUACUCAAGCUAGAACAUUUUACUUUAGUGAAAGUUACUUCGUUACUUUUUUAACAAGGUUGUGUCUUGCAAAAAGGACAAGGGGACACAAAUGUCACAUGAAUUGUUUUUAAUUAAAGGCAAAUCUGUACAUACACAGAAUGCAUCAGUCAAAAUGGGUCAAAGGUCACAAAUACUUUAACUUUCUCACACACUCAGGGACCUCAAUUAACGCCAGUUCACCUGUCCUCAUCAUUCACUCAUCUGUCAUCAUCAUUCACUCAUCUGUCCUUAUCAUCCAAAGUUUCCAGUGCGUGAUUUAUUUAUGUUUUAUUUAUUUAUUUAUUUUUUAAAUUCAGGCCAACAUUUUUGUACUCUGUAAAAUAUGUGAUUCAAAGCGUAGUGAAGUAAAUUACUUUCAAAAGACAUACUUAAGUAAAAGUAAAGUGACACGUUUUAAAAAGUACAAGUACACA